CUGUUGGCAAUUGUAAAAGUCAAUCAAGCUGAUGUUUGUAAAGAUAUAUAUCUAUUUUCUGAUACAAAAAUAGUUAGAAAGCGUAAUAAACUUACCCAUAAGAUUCUUACAUUGUUCAGUUUAGUAUUUAUUUGUGUUUAUUCUGUUACUUUAGUUUCAAAGAAAAAAUAUGUACGACGAUAGACGUGGAGGUCGCGGUGGCGGCCGUGGAGGUAGCCGUGGAGGCCGCGGAGGCAGGGGAGGCUCGCGUGGAGGACGCUCCAGUGACAGGUCGCAAGAAAGAGGUAGCAGCCGGUUUGGGGGCCGCGGCGGCCGAGAUGGCGGCCGGGGAGGCCGGGAUGGCGGUCGUGGCUUUGGCGGACGCGGAGGGCGAGACGAUUUCCGCUCCAACUUCAAAAAUGACCAGCCUGGUGGCAACCUUAGGAAAAUCCGCUGGGACACUAUCACACUCACUCCUUUCCAGAAAAACUUCUAUGUUCCGCACCCAAACGUCCAAUCACGCAGUCAAGCUGAAAUAGAAGCCUACCGCAGUCAGAACCAAAUCACUGUGAAGGGUCGUGAUGUUCCAGCGCCUAGCAUGUACUUCGAGGAGGGGGGCUUCCCAGAUUACGCCAUGAAAGAAAUUUUAAAACAGGGAUUUCCACACCCAACUCCCAUUCAAGCUCAAGGAUGGCCAAUAGCUCUUUCAGGGCGGGAUUUGGUUGGAAUUGCUCAGACUGGUUCAGGCAAAACCUUAGCAUAUAUUCUGCCUGCCAUUGUCCACAUCAUCAAUCAGCCAAGACUAUUGAGAGAUGAAGGACCUAUAGUAUUAGUACUGGCUCCAACCCGAGAGCUUGCUCAACAGAUUCAACAGGCGUUGAUCUCAAUGAAUGGAAUCGCUGCGGAGAUGACGGACAAUCCGAGCGAGAUGGAAAUAGUUGCCAAUGACUUUGGUCAAAGUGUUCAGGUCCGUAACACUUGCAUUUUCGGUGGCGCCCCGAAAGGGCCGCAGGGCAGGUGCCUGGAGCGAGGCGUGGAGAUUGUGAUAGCUACACCAGGAAGACUGAUUGAUUUCUUAGAAAAAGAUACGACCAACCUACGCCGUUGCACGUACUUAGUCCUCGACGAGGCGGAUAGAAUGCUGGACAUGGGCUUCGAGCCUCAGAUCCGCAAGAUUAUCGAGCAGAUUAGACCAGACAGACAAGUUCUCAUGUGGUCAGCUACCUGGCCUAAAGAAGUACAAAACCUUGCCGAGGAGUUCCUCCACGACUACAUCCAGAUCAACAUCGGUUCCCUCAGCCUGUCUGCGAACCACAACAUCCUGCAGAUCGUGGACGUGUGCGAGGAGUGGGAGAAGAAUGACAAGCUCAUCACACUGCUCACUGAAAUAUCAUCAGAGGAAGAAACCAAGACUAUUAUAUUCGCAGAGACUAAGCGUCGGGUGGACGAGAUCACGAAAUCAAUAAACCGUGCGGGCUGGCGCGCGCUGGCCAUCCACGGCGACAAGAACCAGCAGGACCGGGACUACGUGCUCAACCAGUUCCGCAUGUCCACCGGCGGGAUACUCGUCGCCACAGACGUCGCCGCCAGGGGGCUCGAUGUGGAGGACGUGAAGUUUGUGAUAAACUAUGAUUAUCCGAACAACUCUGAGGACUAUGUGCAUCGUAUCGGUCGCACCGGUCGCUCGCACAACACCGGCACCGCGUACACGCUCUUCACACCUAACAACUCGGCUAAGGCCAAGGAUCUGAUGUGUGUCCUACAAGAGGCGAAUCAAGUGGUGAACCCGAAGCUUAUGGAACUAGCUCAAUGUGGAAUGGGAUUCAAAGGAAAGUAUGGUCGCAACCGCUACCGCGACCGCGACGACAACCAGGGCGGGCGCUUCGACCGCGGCCGCGGGGGGCGCGGGCGGGACUCGCGCGGCGGCCGCGGCCGCUUCGGCGGAGAGAGGAGUUCUAGAUGGGACGACUCCAACAAUGAUUACGGCGACAACCAAAGCUCUUACAACACUCGAUCCAACUACGGUGGCCGAGACAACGGAUCCAGGGACGGUUUCCGGCCUGACAGCGGGUUCCGCGGGCGGGGGCGCGGCCGCGGGGCGGACUUCGGGGGCGCGGGCGCGGGAGGCGCGCCCGGGUACAACAACUUCAGCCAGGGACAGGCCUACAGUGCGCCCCCUCCUACUAGCUACUACAACAUGUAUGCUCAACCACCUCCUCCGCCCGCAAAUAAAUUCGCCGCUAAGUAAAUUUUAUUAGAAUAAGCUUGACUGGAUAUGAUGUGAAAUUAAUGUGGAAUAGGCAUUAGGUUGUGGGAGACUCGUUUAACGAAUUCUGCGAACUUUUUAACUCAAAUAUAUUAUAGUUAUAUCGUCGUAGCUCAAGUGCAAGCGUCGCAGAAAUCGUUAAUCAAAGACUCCGUUAGCUAGCAAUUUAGCUACUAAAUUUUAACACCAAGUUCCCUCCGAGUGUAAUCAAAGAGACAAGCUUCGAUUCACUCCCAGUCUAGUUAAAUGGAAUAAAUAAUAGUUAUAAUUUUAUUGUUUUAAGUUUUGGUGAAGUGAUGUAUGGAAACCGUUCCUGUGAGGUUAGACACUAUCAUAUCGUAUUUUAUAAAGCAUCAGAUUUGUAUACGUUCGAUAACAACUAUAGAGACCAUGCUUUAUUAAUAUCAUAGAGAAAUAAUUAUAUUUAAAUGUUUUAAUUUUAUUUUCAAAUUUUAAGAAUACUUAAUAGUGUGUGUAUACAUGUUCUUUUUAUUCAAAUUAAAUGUAUUAUUACAAUCGUCAUAGAAGGUUAUGAUCAAUGUUUUGUUUGAUCUCAGGUAAACUGCAUGCAAGUAGAUUUGUCCCGCCAAUCUAAGUGUGUUAAUAGCAUAAUAGUAGGUAGAAUAUUCAAUAUUUUUCGCCCGCAACUAGCACCAAAA